UAUAAUUUUACUCAAGUAUCGUCUGCACCCCGAACAUGUGUUGGCGAAACCGCCCCCUGAACUUUUGCGGUGGAAACAAGUUUUGACAGCCAAGUGACAGCUAGCAGCUGAUCCGCAAGAGGGUUUUCUUUGUACUAGAAGACAAGAUGUGCCCAGCUCUGCUAGAAGAUGAAGAGCGCUGUCUGGGUGGAACAACAUUUUUUGCUCGCAGCCAUCCGGUGGAGCUGUGUGGUAGCAACGGCUUGCCGCUCACCCCAAAUUCCAUAACCAUUUAUGGGAGAUCACAAUUUCUGAAGACGAUCGAUCAUCCUAACUUGUCCACUUAUCUUGAUAUAAUCAGAAGUAAACAUGAAAGAACAGUUGUAGUAGCUGAAUACAGUGGGGACCCGUUGAGUAGUGAAAAGAACCUCUCCAUAGAAACUGUAAGGAAGAUAUCGUAUCAGUGCCUCCUGGCUUUAUGUCAUAUGAAUAAAUUGGGUCUUGUGCACAGGCACCUCAGUCCAGAUAACAUUUUGAUUAACAAAGAUGGAAAUGUCAAGCUAUAUAAUUAUGGGCUGUAUUAUAUGACUGAUAGUGGCAAAAAUGUUUCAUUUCCAAUUGGGUAUCCAAAGUAUACAGCGCCAGAGGUGUUUUUGGGAACUGGUUCAAGUGGUGUCAAAGUCGAUAGCUGGUCUCUUGGAAUAAUAAUUGCUGAAUGUUUAUUAAAGCAAAAUAUUUGGACUGGAAUUAAAUUAGCUCAAUGUUUGCGCAAAGUUUUGAGUCUUCUCAAUUCAGAAACAACAAUUUUUGAGCGGAUCGCAAGAGAAAACAAUUGUUUCGAAAUAUAUGAGGCCCUCCCAGAGGAAGUUAAAGACUUUGUGGACUGCUGUCUACAAAUCUACCCAAGCAAACGGAAGACCCCAGAAAUAUUGAUACAACAUUCUUUGUUUAAAGAAUUGACAAAAGAUGAAGAAUUGAAGGAGCAGGAAAUUUACACUAAUGUUAUUGCCCGUAAAAUGGAUGAGUUAUACUAUCUAUGGCAGCUUGCUGGUGGUGACAUAACAAUGGAGUUGAAGAAACAAGGAUUAAUACGAUCGCGUCCUCCUAUUUUAUCUGUGCCAAACUUAGUAGCACUGUUGGGUCAGAUAUUUGGUCGUAGGGACGCAGCUGGCUUACUCGAUUUAAGAGUUGUCAAAGUGCCUUUAGAUACGUUGCGACAGCGAUUAUUUCAUGUUCCAUUUACAGCAAAUUACCCACGGUUGAUGAAUCAAAUGCACAUACAAGCGCAGGAUGAUCUGACGAAAGGUGCAUCUCAAUUACCACUGAUAAUUAGGGAAAGAGACACGGAGUAUCAAUUUUAUAGAAUUGUACUUUACGAUAGGCUGUUACAGGCAUAUCCAAUUACAAAAGAUGCAAUUAUCAGAGAAGCUCAUAAAGAUAUUCCACCUCCAGUUCGAGGUCCAGUUUGGGCAGCACUGCUCGGUGUAAGUGGAGAUAUUCAACGUGGAUACGAGAUGAUUGACAAAGAAACUCCGACACAUACAGAUAGACAGAUCGAAGUAGACAUUCCACGAUGUCAUCAAUAUAGUGAACUAUUAUCUUCUGGAGCAGGACACGAAAGACUACAAAGAUUAUUGAAAGCCUGGGUCAGAGAUAAUCCUAAUUACGUGUAUUGGCAAGGUUUAGAUUCGCUCACAGCUCCAUUUUUGUAUCUAAAUUUUGACAACGAAGCUCGAGCAUUUGCCUGCUUGUCAGCAUUUAUCCCCAAAUAUCUGCAUAAAUUUUUCCUGAAGGAUAAUUCAGCAGUAAUACAUGAGUAUCUUGGAAAGUUUUCACAAACUAUAGCUUUUCAUGAUCCACAGUUGGCAAACCAUUUAAAAUCGAUAAAUUUUGUGCCUGAGCUGUUUGCUAUACCGUGGUUUCUGACAAUGUUUUCGCAUGUAUUUCCUCUACAUAAAAUACUCCAUUUGUGGGAUAAGCUCUUACUUGGAGAUUCUUCGUUUCCCUUAUUGGUCGGUCUGGCAAUACUCAGGCAGCUUCGCGAUUCUCUACUCACCUCCGGAUUUAAUGAAUGCAUACUGUUAUUUUCCGAUCUUCCGGAAAUCGACAUAGAAUUAUGUGUUAAGGACUCAAUGACAAUGUAUCACAAAACGCCUAACAGUAUUACUUAUAGACGGCAUCAAUUUGACCAAUCAAAGGCAACGAACUGGAUUGAUCCUGAACCUGGAACUGAAAAAAUGCCAAGAAUUAGCAUUGAAGACUUCUUGAAUCUACUACAAAACAAUCCACGAAGAAUGAUUGUUGUAGACAUACGUAAUAACACACAGUACGAAAGAAGCGCUGUUUUGGGUAGUAUCAACAUUCCAUUCACAAGUGUUCAGCUAUCUCACAUAGACAUAACAACGCUAGGUCCGCACGGUGAAUCUUUGGCAAAUAAUAAAGACAAUAUUGUAGUUAUUAUUGGCCAGCAUGAUCAAAACAAUGCAUUGUUCGCAGAUUUCUUGAUAAGCUGUGGAGUUCUGAGGGUUUGUUCCCUGGCAGGAGGCAUUUACGCUCUUCGAUCUGCUGCUGCCAAUAUUCUGGUUCCACCUCGUUAAAAAUGAUUAUCAUUAAUACAUGUACCAUUAUGUGGCGUAAACGAAUACCAAGCACGAUCUGUUAUGUUGAUAAUCUAGUUCAAUUUUCAUUAAUAUUCCAAUUUCAAUAUAGCAAUUUGUAUUUGUCAA